AUGAAGCUGCUGUGGACCUUUGCCUGCUUAGGCAGUGCCCUUGCCUCUUUUAUCCCGCACUCCAAUUCUGAUCCACUUCGACGUCCUUUCGUUCCUUCUCCUGAUGACCUCGAAUUUGGCGUCACAGGGGAACUUGCUAUAAAUUUUUCUAUUCAAGACGGUGGCCUAUACGCCAAUGAGUACCAAGUCUACCCCCCAUCAGCGACAAUGCUACUCCAACUGCCCCUCUACGAAGACGCAGGCCAAAAUACAUACAAUGGCAAGAUCCUGAAAUUAUCCUACUCGCUCGAGACCGAAACAAUCCACAAGGACGAAACGGGAACCAUAGCAGAUAUGACCCUUGUUCGACUCGAGUUUCUCGAUCUGCAGGGCAACCUGAUAUCACCCCAUGCAGUGGCCAUCCAACUUCACAUCUGCCAAGAUGGGAAAUACGAAAUGGCCCGUUUCCGGAUUGAGCCAGCUCGCAGCGGCAAUCAAGAUGAUCAGUUCUCCCAGAAGAGUUGGCCGUGGGUGAUGAAAUACUGGGGGUCACAAUUCGGUAUCAUUUUCGACAAAGCCAAGAACAAGGCAACCAUCCUCAAUUCAGCCCCGGUCAUGAAAACUUCCGCUCUACGCGGUAAUGACAAAAUUGUCAACACUGAAGUUGUAACCAACUCUGGAUCUAAGACUCAAUUCUUGUCAGUCUGGUCCACUCCGGCUGUCCUAAACCAGUACCCUGAAGACGGCCGUCCCCAUUACAGCCCGGAGCCCGGGAGCUUCCCUAUGCGCAUCUUCUGCUACAUCAUCCUCGCUUUGCUAGGUAUUGUCAUCGGGGUGAUGGGUUGUUUGGUCGGGUUUCUCGCAGGACACCUGCUGAUGACCUUGGGAGAGCGCGUUGAGUGGCGGAAGCUACUGGGCCGCAGGCCACGAAUUAUAUUAUUGGAAGAAGGCACAAUUCCUGAAAAGUGCCUCAUGUUAUCACAGAUUUACAUGACGGAUGUUUCUGAGUCGAGUGUAUGA